UGCUGCUGGUGGAGCCUCUACACUACUUGCGCUGUCUCACUGUCUACAUGACGGCUCACCAGAUCCUUGGUUAACAACGUGUUAAUGCGAUGAACCUGGAAUGCAUUGAUUAUGGCUGACCUACGGAUGUCACUCGCUGUCCUGGUUGUUCACACUGUCCUAUACACAGCCUGCCAGGCUCUGUGGUGUAACUGCACCACUCCUCUGUGUAAGAAGUCUGACUUCCAGUGUGAGACCGAUGGGGCCUGCACGGCUUCCACCAUCUUCAGCAAUGGAAAACAGCAGCACAGCCGCGGCUGUAUCCCACAGGAAGAUCUCGUGCCCCCUGGAAAACCGAUCUACUGCCUCGGUGUAGAAGGCUACCUAUACACGCAGUGCUGCUACACCGACUACUGCAACAGCAUUGACCUCAGAGUACCCACUGAAAUCGGGGGAGGCUACGGCCCGGGUGGGACAUGGAGGCUCGUGGAACUGGUUGCUGUGAUCGCAGGGCCGCUGUUCCUGCUGUGUCUGCUACUGUUGGUGGGUGCGUUCAUAUAUCAUUAUCACCGGAGGGGCUACAACCACAGGCAAAGGCUGGAGGUGGAGGAUCCGUCCUGUGACCAUCUCUACCUGGCCAAAGACAGAUCCCUGGAGGAUCUCCUUUGCAAUCUAUCCACGUCUGGUUCAGGCUCUGGUCUCCCUCUCUUUGUCCAGCGGACUGUAGCCAGAACAAUCGUCCUGCAGGAGAUCAUUGGUAAGGGGCGUUUCGGGGAGGUGUGGCGAGGACGCUGGAGGGGUGGCGACGUGGCUGUGAAGAUUUUCUCAUCCAGGGAAGAGCGCUCCUGGUUCCGUGAGGCUGAAAUCUACCAGACGAUCAUGCUUCGCCAUGAAAACAUCUUGGGCUUUAUAGCUGCUGACAACAAAGACAACGGGACGUGGACUCAGCUGUGGUUGGUGUCAGAUUACCACGAGUACGGCUCUCUGUUUGACUACCUAAACCGCUACUCCGUCACUACCGAGGAAACGAUCAAACUGGCACUAUCAGCUGCGAACGGCCUCGCACAUCUGCACAUGGAGAUUCUUGGAACGCAAGGAAAGCCAGGCAUCGCCCAUAGAGACUUGAAGUCCAAGAACAUCCUGGUGAAGAAGAACUGCACCUGUGCCAUUGCCGACCUGGGCUUGGCUGUCCGUCACGACUCUGCCACGGAUACGAUCGACAUCGCGCCCAAUCAGAGAGUGGGAACCAACAGGUACAUGGCCCCAGAGGUUCUCGAUGAGACCAUAAACACAAGACACUUCGAAUCAUUCAAAUGUGCUGACAUCUACGCUUUAGGCCUGGUCUACUGGGAAAUUGCACGCCGCUGUAACAGUGGAGGUAUCCAUCAAGAAUACCAGCUGCCCUACUAUGAUCUGGUACCGUCUGACCCGUCCAUAGAGGAGAUGAGAAAAGUGGUGUGUGACCAAAAGCUUCGACCCAAUAUUCCAAAUUGGUGGCAGAAUUACGAGGCCUUGCGGAUCAUGGGUAAAAUCAUGAGGGAGUGUUGGUAUGCUAACGGAGCUGCACGCCUGACGGCCUUGCGCAUAAAAAAGACGCUUUCCCAGCUCAGCAUUCAGGAGGACAUUAAAAUCUGAGCAUGUGUGAGACAGCAGAGCACUGAAGAGGACCCGGCCCCUCCAUCCAGACUGAGAGGAAGGGGUCGGGCCUUCUAAAGAGAUGGCACAAUGAAGAGUGGCACUUUGUAAAAUUUUACCGCACAGACACUUCUGUCAGGUUUGAAACCACUUUAUUUCUGACAAACCCUACCUCGCUUUACCCAGCCAAAACAUACAGGAACACCUUCCCUGUCUCAUCCUUAGCUCCCGCUGCCAAACCUCGCCCUCUUUCCUCACCCUGUACGCUGCACUAACAGUUUCCUGAAUUUCUUGUGUAUGCAGUCAUUAACAGCACAUGUACUUAACCAAGUUACAUUUUAAAAAUCAGCUGCUGGUGUUUUAUUGUUUCAAAGUGUGUUGACAGUAAUUAUUAGUUAGUAAACAGCAUUUGCUUGUUUUGUCUUAGCAGAAGAGCAUUAACUCAUUUAUACUGAUUCUGUUAUAUCAGUAAUUGAACACUGUGCGGGAGCUUGUGGGCUAUCUGUGUAGGUUAAUUUCUGCCAUACCUGCAGCAUUCAAAGGAAGAUUUUAUUGAUACCAGUGUCAUAGAGAUCAGGACUCCUGGUACCCUUCAGCCCAGGAGAAAUGAGGCCUGCACAGUUUUUACUGUUUCAUUCUCUCUGAGUCUGAACACAGUGCAGAAGCAAAUAGAAAAAAGACUGUGGGGGACUCCUUUGUGAGUUUGUUAUGAGAUUGAAAUGAUUGCUAAUAGGAACAGAUAAACUGUGAGUAAUAUUUACAUUUCCUGAUUCCUGACAUAUUGCAUUGCUUAGAAAUCCUUUAGCACAAAUAAUUCACCUGAUUUUAGUCUGUUCACAUUUAGAAAAGUACAUAUUUAGGAAUUAUUAAACAUCACUAGGAUGAAGGGCAGCAGCUACUGCUGACUUUGAUCUUCAUUAGCUUCAGACCACUCACGUAAAAUACAAGAUGCAUGCAGAUCCAUGUGUUGUAUGUUAGUAUCAUAGUCUCCUGUUAUGAAUGCUUAACCUCAGAUAAGCUUGUAUACACAACAUUCAGAUAUUACACUGCCCCUUCAGUGCAGUCCAGAAUCCAUGUUUAAGCUCAUAUUUUAUACUCUUACAGCAUGUCAGAGGUUUUUUUUUUCCCCCAGGGCACUUUCCUCCUGAUCAAGUAUAUUUACUGCACUGCACAUACACUAGCCUUUUAAGGUGAUACUUCAGUUUAGGUCUGAGUGUGUUUUUAGAUGACUUUUUUAGCCUUUUUUUUUUUUUUUUUUUUUUGUAAAGACAAAUAUUUACCAAAUUACUUUGUGACCUGUGAAGUAACAUCAUUGUAGUUGUCAGGUGACCUGCUUAAAGUACUUUAUUACUGCCAAGCAGUAUAAGUUAAAUUCAUAUUUCUUUCUGUGCCCCCGUACCCCCAUCAUGCUAUACCUCCUUAAUGUGCAUAUUUUGCCUUAUGUAUAUCACUUCACUCUUAACAUUGUCAGAAAUCACUGCAUUUUUUUUUAUGUAUUCAGGAAAAAUGUGCACUUUCUGUCUUGAGCUGUAUGCAGAUUCUGCAGGUACUGUUUGCAUGUAUUCAUGUGAAGUCUGACAGACCAAUUGUGCACUACUACUGACCUCGCUGCAUUAACACCAACCUUUUCUCAGAAUCAUCUCCGGCCACGGCCUCCAGUGUUUAAAAUCACGCCACUGAAAACGAGAAUGUUUACACAAAUCAUGCCAGUCAGAUGACCUACCUUUCUGACUGAAAAUUGUAAAGAUAAAUUUGCUUUUCUUUAAUCUCUGGGAGAAAGAAGUGUUGAAACUAAAUACUGCUGAAAUGCCUUCGUGUUAGCUCACAUUUUUUUUCCAACCUGUGUUGUUUUUUUUAAAAAGACCGGGGAGCUCUACUGAAUGUGAAGCAUAUUUAUACUUUCUUUGUUUGCCUUACAAUUUAAAAGUGAAUAUUGCGUUCAGUGUUUUUAAUACUUCGGUGUCUGUAUCCCUUUGAAGGAACGCUGGAGUGAGAGUCAAAACAAAACACAUAACAAAAAUAUAUAUAUAUAUAUAGGUAUUAUAUUACAUGUUGUAAAACUCUGUUUAUGUUAUUGAAAUUAUUCUACUUAAAAAAAAAUCCUUCAGGACAAUUAUCAUGUAACAUUCAACACAAAUGUAAUAAAUUCAGUCAUUUUCCUA